AUGGCCGAGUCGGACACACGUGUCCCUGUGACUGUGCUGACGGGAUUUUUGGGAGCCGGGAAGACUACCCUCUUGAACCACAUCCUGGCCGACACCGGACACGGCCUCCGCUUCGCGAUCAUCGAAAAUGAGUUUGGAGAGGUUGGGGUGGACGAGAAGCUCAUCGUGAACAAGACCAGUUCUGAGGAGGAGGUGAUCGAAGUGAUGAACGGCUGCAUUUGCUGCACUGUGCGAAGCGAUUUGGUGGGCGCCCUGAAGCGCAUGCACGGUAAGGUCCAGCAGUUCGACGCGGUGCUCAUCGAGACCACCGGCAUGGCAGAUCCGGCGCCAGUGGCGCAGACCUUUUUCGUGGAUGAUGAAAUCCAAGCGAAGUACCGUUUGGACGGCAUCAUAACAAUGGUGGACGCGGCACACAUUGAACAACACUUGGAUGAGGAGAAGCCCGAGGGUGCAGAGAAUGAGUCUGUGGAACAGCUGGCCUUUGCAGACCGCAUCAUUCUGAACAAGUGCGAUUUGGUGGGUGGAACUGCAAGGACGGUGGUAGAAGAAAGGCAGCAGUGCCAAGAUGUGGAAGGCUCUCAACCGGUUGAAGGAGAAAGUACCUUGAAAGCCGAGGAAAAGGAGGAGGCGCUGAAGAAGUUGGAGGCCCGCAUCCGGAGCAUCAACAAAGCAGCUCCCAUCAUUCGCGCUGAGUUCUCCAGAGUGGAUCCCAAGCAGCUGCUGAUGCUGAAUGCCUUCGAUUUGAACCGGGUUUUGGAGAUGGACCCAGAGUUCUUACAAGCAAGUCCGGACGACCAUGUGCACGACGCCUCGAUCUCCUCCGUGGCUUGGUCCGUCCCUGGGCUCGAGUUGAACGUGAACCGCUUAGAACAGUGGAUUGGCGUGCUGAUCCGGGAGCUGGGCAACGAUCUCUUCAGAUACAAGGGCAUGCUGGCCGUGAAGGGAUGCGAUCAGAAGUAUGUUUUCCAGGGCGUCCACAUGCUUUUCAGCGGGGGUUUCACCACUUCCAAGGAGGGGCAGUGGAAGCCGAGCGAGCCGCGCGAGUGCCGCUUCGUGUUCAUCGGGAAGCACAUCAAGCAGAACGGUCAGCGGUUGAAAAAAGAGUUCAUGGCUUGUGCUGCAGAGGAGAGCCUCCGCUUCAGUGUGGGAGAUAUGGUCGAAGCCAGUCGUGCGAACGGCUGGAAGCCCGCCAAGGUCAUUAAGCUUUGGGAUGAGGGGAACCCCUACCGCUUAGAGUUGCAGACCAAGCGCAAGACCAACGUUUGGGGGCCCUUUGAUGAGGAUAGCUGUGUCAGGAAGCGAAUCAAAAGCUGA